AUGGAUUCGGUUGUGGACGUCGUGAUGAGUCUUCGAUGCGGACAGUCAGCCGAAGAGACAGCCCGAAGCAUUCUUCAGCGUCCAUCGGUAUUCGUCGACGGCCUCGACAAAGCUCCUGCAGAGAUGGCGGAAGCAUCGCACAGCCGCCGGCAGCGUGCAGCGUCUUUGCGAAGGCUGUCAUCUAAUCAGCACUACGCACCCACCAUCUCAAUACCCUCACCACCGACACCAGCAGAGGACUGCGCAUACCCACCUCUUUCGUCCGCCACUAGCAGCGAAAAGAAAUGCGAGGCAGGACCAUCCCGCCCCUCAGCCCCAGCAGUAGUCCCCCGCAGACCCGUACUCUCGCGCAGAAGGACGUCCAAAAAGGAAUACGUCCACCCCUACCUUUCCGGCAACUUUGCACCCGUCACAACCGAAUGCCCUCUCACCGACUGCCUCUUCGAAGGCACGAUUCCUGACGAGUUCGCCGGCAGCCAGUACGUCCGCAAUGGAGGAAACCCGCUCGCCAACUCGGAUCUCGACCGCGAUGCGCAUUGGUUCGACGCCGAUGGCAUGCUAGCAGGCGUCCUGUUCCGCCGUACACCGCAAGGCACGAUUCAACCGUGCUUCCUGAACCGCUUCAUCCUCACCGACCUGCUGCUCUCGACACCGGAGCAUUCGCGACUACCCUACCUACCGAGCAUCGCGACGCUCGUGAACCCUCAUACGUCGAUAUUUUGGCUGUUGUGCGAGAUCGUCCGUACCUUUGUGCUGGCAAUGCUCACGUGGUUGCCGGGACUUGGUUUGGAUGCGCAUCAGAAGCUCAAGCGUAUCAGUGUCGCGAACACGAGCGUUUUCUGGCACGAUGGAAAGGCGAUGGCUGGGUGUGAGAGUGGCCCGCCCAUGCGUAUCAUGCUGCCCGGACUGGAGACUGCGGGGUGGUACACUGGCGAGGAAGAGGAGGACAAAGGCGUCGAUGAAAAGGUGGACAAAAGCUCUGGUCGCGACCAGUCGAAAGGCUUCGGCGGCGGACCACCGAUCGUCAGCAUGCUCCGGGAGUUCACCACGGCGCACCCAAAAAUUGACCCGAGAACCCAAGAACUGCUGCUCUACCAUAUGUGCUUCGAGUCGCCGUACCUUCGCAUCAGCGUCAUCCCACCAUCACGAUCGAAGCGAUCCCACCUGCCAACGCAUGCCAAAACCAUCAAAGGCAAACCGGUUCGCGGCCUCAAGCAGCCCAAGAUGAUGCACGACUUCGGCGCCACGUCGACGCAGACGGUCAUCAUCGACGUGCCUCUGUCGCUCGACAUGCUGAACCUCGUCCGCGGCAAACCGAUCCUGCACUACGAUCCUUCGCAACCCACUCGCUUUGGCGUGUUGCCGCGUUACGAACCGGAACAGGUGCGGUGGUUCGAGAGCGCCGAAGCGUGCUGCGUCUACCACACGGCCAACAGCUGGGACGACGAUGGCAAAUUUGCCUCCUCCGAAACACCUACUCGAGGCGUUAACAUGCUCGGAUGUCGUCUCAAUAGCGCAACGCUCGUCUACUCUGCCGGCAACUUGCUUCCACCUUCGCACGUGCUUCCACCUCCCAACUGUCCCGAAAAGUGCCAGCUCUACUACUGGCGUUUCGACCUGGAGAACGCCGACACCAACACCAUCAGUCACGAAUUCGCACUUUCUGACGUGCCCUUCGAAUUUCCUACAAUCAACGAGGAUUACUCGAUGCAGCAGGCACGAUACGUGUACGGUACCAGCAUGCGGGAUGGCACGUUUGACGCUGGAUUGGGCAAAGCAGCCAAGAUCGAUGCGCUGGUCAAGGUGGAUGCGGAGACGCUGAUUCGGAAGGGCAAGGCGAUGUGGAGCCAGGGAAAAUUGAAGGCAGGCGAGAGUGUCGAUACGAGGACGGUGGAGGAGGUGCUGAGUGCUCAACGAGAUGGAAGUGCGGCGGAGGAUGAUGCGAUCAAGAUCUUUGAGAUGCCUCGAGGGUGGUACGCACAGGAGACGACGUUCGUCCCUCGUCAACGUCGUCGGGAGUCGAGCGAGCCACAGCAGGAAGACGACGGCUGGCUAGUCUGCUACGUGUUCGACGAAGCUACCGGUCUCCACCCUUCCACUGGCGAAGUUCUCCCCGGCGCAUCGAGCGAACUCUGGAUCGUCGACGCCAAGCACAUGACCCAAGUGGUGUGUCGCGUCAAACUCCCCCAGCGUGUACCCUACGGUCUGCACGGGACGCUGUUCACCGAAGAGCAGAUCGCCUCGCAGAAACCCAUCGACCCAAGUCAAGUUCGCAGCUGGGCGAGCUCGAUCAACCUCGCCGACCCAUUUUCGUCAUCUGCACUGGGUUCGUCGGUGUACAGCGCUUCGGGAAAGGCGGCAACGAGCAAGUUCAAAGAUGGAAAGGAGACGUACGCUGCUUUCGUCAGGGAUCCGAUUCGGAUUGGCGCUUGGUGGAUCAAGCGCAACAUUGAACUGUUGAUCGCCUAG